CAUUAACCUGCCGUUCUUGGAAUGGAUAUUGCUGGCAUUGUCGAGGAACCAGGGGAAGGGGCCCACAAUUUCCGCAAAGGCGAUACAGUAUUGGCGCACGGCAAGUUCACUGAUGACUUUACUGCAUUUCAGCAAUAUGCUUUGACCGCUGCGAGCUUUACAGCAAAGAUUCCUGCAAGCGACUCGGAAUCCUUCGAUAGCGCAGCUACUGUUCCUCUGGGAUUAGAUACUGCUGUUGUGGGCUUGUACGGAGAUCAAUUUGGAGCUAGGAUAACACCUCCCCUACAUGGUCAUUCAAUGUCCCAUGAGGUCACUCACUACAAGCUUCUCUAA